UGGUAAUGUUUAUCAUUUUAAGUGCUUACUGCCUUAUCUCUAAUACUGAAUGUGGUCUUUGAAAGAUUUAUGAAAAACUCAAUUUACUCAUGAAGCUCCCAUUUCUCCCUCCAAAAAAUAAUCAAAUGUAUUAAAUAAAAAGAUUUAUCCUUAGAGAAGCAAAUGACCAAGUUAAUAAAAGCAAGAUUUCUGUUACCUCGAGGCUGGCAGAGAGAAAUCCAGAUUUAAUCAUCUAUUAACCUCUGUUUUGUGGCUAACACCACAGGUGGUGGAAAUGCCCAUAUGUUUGUGUAUCUGAUUAUGCUUUUUAUAACUAUAAUUCUUGCUUCAUUUUUCUCUCACUCAAUCUCAAGUAUAUAACAACUCAGUUUUUGCUUUAGUAUUUCAAAAUUUCCGUGGAUAGUAUUGUAGCUUAAAGUGUCUAGUUUUCAGCAGCCUAGUAAUUCUGGAGCAGUUUCAUGAUUGAACUCCUCUGCACAGCAGUCUUGCCUUGGUGUUCAGCAGCAGAGUUCAUUGGUACAGGAUUUAGAGUGGUCCCUAGAAGAGGGGAGCAUGUGAACACUCUUCUUUUAAAACAGUUCUUCAUUAUUUAUAUCAAAGAUGCCCAGCCGACAGAGUCUGAGAAGGAAAUUUAUAAUCAGGUGAAUGUAGUUUUAAAAGAUGCAGAAGGCAUCUUGGAGGACUUGCAGUCGUAUAGAGGAGCUGGCCAUGAAAUACGAGAGGCAAUCCAGCAUCCAGCAGAUGAGAAGUUGCAAGAGAAGGCAUGGGGUGCAGUUGUUCCACUAGUAGGCAAAUUAAAGAAAUUUUAUGAAUUUUCUCAGAGGUUAGAAGCAGCAUUAAGAGGUCUUCUGGGAGCUUUGACGAGUACCCCAUACUCCCCUACCCAGCAUCUAGAGCGAGAGCAGGCUCUUGCUAAACAGUUUGCAGAAAUUCUUCAUUUUACACUCCGGUUUGAUGAACUCAAGAUGACAAAUCCUGCCAUACAGAAUGAUUUCAGCUAUUAUAGAAGAACGUUGAGUCGUAUGAGGAUUAAUAAUGUUCCAGCAGAAGGAGAAAAUGAAGUAAAUAAUGAAUUGGCAAAUCGAAUGUCUUUGUUUUACGCUGAGGCAACCCCAAUGCUGAAAACCUUAAGUGAUGCCACGACAAAAUUUGUCUCCGAGAAUAAAAAUUUACCGAUAGAAAAUACCACAGAUUGUCUAAGCACCAUGGCUAGUGUAUGCAGAGUCAUGCUUGAAACACCGGAAUACAGAAGCAGAUUUACAAAUGAAGAGACAGUGUCAUUCUGCUUGAGGGUAAUGGUGGGUGUCAUAAUACUCUAUGACCAUGUACAUCCAGUGGGAGCAUUUGCCAAAACUUCAAAAAUUGAUAUGAAAGGUUGUAUCAAAGUUCUUAAGGACCAACCUCCUAAUAGUGUAGAAGGUCUUCUCAAUGCUCUCAGGUACACGACAAAACAUUUGAAUGAUGAGACUACCUCCAAGCAAAUUAAAUCUAUGCUGCAAUAACAGUUCUGGAACAAGCACCUGCUGUAGACAAAGACAGUAUUCUGCAGUGACUGGGAAUGCACAGUUUUUAGUGAUUGCAAUUCCUCUCUCAUUUACUCUUGCUUUGUAUUUCUGUCCUCUGUUCCUCCUCCCUCUUUUUUAAUCAUGUUCUUGUUCUUAAGACUUCUUUUCUGUGCCAAAAUCAGUAAAGUUAUACUCUGAAGGGACAUUGUCCUUUCAAACAGGCCAUCUAAGGCAGCUAAUUAUGCAUUGCAUUGGGGUCUCUACUGAGAAAAAUUCUGUGACUUGAACUAAAUAUUUUUAAAUGUGGAUUUUUUUUGAAAACUAAUAUUUAAUAUUGCUUCUCCUGCAUGGCAAAACUGCCUAUUCUGCUAUUUAAAAACCCUCAAUGACUUUAUUUUCUACUGCCGCUUUUUUCAUGUGCAGCCAAAAUGAAAAUGUUUAAAUUAACUGUGUUGUACAAAUGGUACCCAACACAAACUUUUUUUAAAUUAGUAAGACUUUUGUUUAAAGUUUUAAGUUUGCAUUUUGACUUUUUUUGUAAGGAUGUAUGUUGUGUGUUUAACCUUUAUUAACUAACGUUACAAACUGUGAUGUGUGCGUAGAGUAUUACGUAUGCAUGUUCAUGUUUAAAGAAUGGCUGUUGAUGAUAAAAUAAAAAUCAGCUUUCA